AUGCCAACCGCAGCAUCCAAAUGCUACUACCCAGACGGCAGCGUAGCCAAUGGCUUGCAACCGUGCAUCAACGCCACGAACACCGACUCCGACUCGCACGCAGCCUGCUGCGACCUUUCCACCUCCGUCUGCACCACCACAGGCUACUGCUUCGCCGACACUGGUUACCUCUACCGCGGAGGCUGCACGGAUAAAAGUUGGGACGACCCCUCGUGUGCGGCAAAAUGCAAAAAUGACAACCCAAGCGGCUUCUCCAACAUCUACCAGUGCGUCGCCGGCCACUGGGACCUGGACCACACGUCCUGCUGCGGCGGCAACACGCAGACGACGACCAGCUGCUGCGAGGAGGCCGACGCCAGCUUCUCCCUCCUCCCCGGCACGCCCUUCGGCGCCCUCGAGGCCUACGAAGCCAUGCUGUCUUCCGCUUCUUCUUCCUCUACCUCUUCCGCGUCCGCGACGGCAACAGCCUCGACUCUCGCUUCUACGACCACCGUCACCGCCUCGGCAACAGCGUGCGCGACAUCAUCGAUAGCAGCAGCAGCGGGUAGCAGUUUUGGCGGUGGCGCGAGCGGGGCGACGGUCGGCGCGGCGACGGGCGCAUCGCUGGGCGCGCUGCUGAUCGCGUCACUGGCCGCCUUGGCGCUGCGUGAGCGCCGGUGGCGGAAGCGGCUGGAUAAAGAGCAGCAGCGGCAACAGCAACAGCAGCAGUAUGCUGCGUUCGGGCAAGGAUAUCCGGGGGGCUUGCCGAAGCAGCCGUAUAUGACCAGCGAGGCUGACGGGCAGCAGCUGGUCGAAGCUGGGGUUUAUGAGAGGGGGGUUAAUGAGAGGGGGGUUAAUGAGAGGGGGGUAUAUGAGAUGGAGGGGAAUGGGGGCGGGAGGGUGAGGUGGUGA